UCUCGAGAGAGAGAAAGUUCGCACUUUGCAGGCUGGCUGCCCUGCUUCUACUACUACUGUAACUGUAAAAAAAAGAGAGAGAGAGAGAGAGAUGGGCGUGUGAAUGUGGAAAUGCGAAUGACGGAAAGAGAGUGGAAGAAGCUAGAGAGAGAGAGAGAUAAAGGUUCUUGCUUUGGACUUCAAACCCGCGGCCAGAGUCUCUCUGUCUAUCUCUAGAGGAGUAAUUUAUUCGUUUUCUGUUCUACGGCCUCCGCAUUGAAUAUUCGCAUCGCACACACAACACAAGACCGUGAAACCGCGUGUGAAGAGGAGGAAAAGGGAGACGGGGAGGGGGAGAGGGGGAGGUGGUGGUGGUGGUGGUGGUGCGGGAGUCCUGAUAGCAGGGCCCGGAAUUCAAAGUCUUCAGCGUCGAUUCAACCCCCACCCCUCCCGACCUUUCGUUUUCCUUCGAUCCUCCGCCCCUUUAUAUACUUUCCCCAUUUCUCUCUUCUCCCUCUCCACCGUCAGGUUUUGGCUUUGAUCUCAGGCAUUUCCUUUCUCCCCCCUUCAUUCUUUCUCCAACCCAUCGCUGAAUCGGCUCGGUUUUCGCCCGAUUUCUUGGAAAAUCUCUGGUGGGUUCGAAUUUUCGAGCCGUAUUGGGCUGAAAGUUUCGAGCUUUUUCUUCCGCUGUUCUGUGGCUCUGUUUUCUUGAUUCUAUGGUGGUUGUGGGGGGAGGGGUCAACGCUAUGGCGUCUAAAGCUUGGUCCUUCUCGUUGUUGCUGUUCUUCUCUCUGGUCGCGAUUGCUUGCUUCUCUCGAUCCGUCUCUGCGGGACAUGGCCACGAGAGCCUCAAUUCCAACGUCUCCACGCUCGCCGGGAUCGAACUGCCCGAUCACAUGAGCUUCAAUGCCGUGUCCGCUUCUUCGAGCUCCGGCUGCAGCCUCUCUUCCUCGGAGAAGCCCAAGGACGCGGAGGCGUCCUUGUCCUUUAUUCAGGCUUUGACCGCCGAAGAAGAUGAAGGGGACGACGAUGGUGGUGAUGAUUGUGAGGAGGGUGGAGAAAUCGGCGGCGAUCGGGCUUCUUCCUCGCGGGCCGAGUCGGAACCGCCGCAGCGCCGAGACACGGUCAAGCUCCAUCUGAAGCACCGGCCGAGGGGGGGCGGCCCCGGGACGGAGCCGCGAGAGUCGGCGGAGGAGUUCAGGAUGUGGGACUUGGGCCGGAUUCAAACGCUGCACCAGAGGGUGACUGAGAAGAAGAACCAGAACACCAUCACGAGGCUGAAGAAGGACCAGAAGGCGGCGGCGGCGACGACGAGGACGACCCAGGGGCGGCCGAGGAAGGUCGUCGUCGAUGUGGCCGGCCCAUCGCCCGCGCCCGCGCCGUCGCUGGAGGCCUACGCCGGCGGGCUUUCGGGCCGGCUAAUGGCGACUCUGGCUUCCGGCGUGAGCCAGGGCUCCGGUGAGUACUUCAUGGACGUGUUCAUCGGCAGUCCUCCGAAACACUUCUCGUUGAUUCUGGAUACCGGCAGCGACCUCAAUUGGAUCCAAUGCGUGCCUUGCCACGCCUGCUUCGAGCAGAACGGACCGCACUACGAUCCCAGCGACUCCUCUUCCUUCCGCAACAUAAGUUGCCGCGACCCCCGGUGCCAUCUGGUCUCCUCGCCGGACCCCCCGCAGCCGUGCAGCUCCGAUUCCCAGACCUGCCCCUACUUCUAUUGGUACGGCGACAGUUCGAACACGACCGGCGACUUCGCGCUCGAGACCUUCACGGUCAAUCUCACUUCGGCCGCCGGGAAGUCAGAGUACCGCAAGGUGGAGGACGUGAUGUUCGGGUGCGGCCACUGGAACCGGGGACUCUUCCACGGGGCGGCAGGGCUCCUCGGGCUCGGGCGGGGGCCGCUGUCCUUCUCCACGCAGCUCCAGUCCCUCUAUGGCCACUCCUUUUCCUACUGCCUUGUGGACCGGAACAGCGACACGAGCGUGAGCAGCAAGCUUAUCUUCGGCGAGGACAGGAGCCUCCUGAACCACCCCAAUCUGAACUACACUUCCUUUGUGGGCGGCCGAGACAACCCGGCCGAUACAUUUUACUAUGUCCAGAUCAAAUCCAUCGUCGUCGGAGGCGAAAUCCUGAAGAUCCCUGAAGAGACGUGGGUUUUAGGAUCAGACAGCUCGGGUGGCACGAUCAUCGACUCCGGCACAACGCUCAGCUACUUUGCCGAUCCCGCCUAUGAUGUGAUCAAACAGGCGUUCCUGGACAAGGUCAAGGGUUACCAUCUGGUCCAGGACAUUGAGAUUCUACACCCUUGCUACAAUAUCUCAGGGGUCGAGAAGGCCGAAUUCCCCGAGUUCGGGAUCGUGUUCGCCGACGGGGCCGUGUGGAACUUCCCCGUCGAGAACUACUUCAUCCCGCUGGUGCCGGGUGAGCUUGUGUGCCUGGCGAUCCUAGGGACACCCCAGUCCGCGCUAUCCAUCAUCGGGAACUACCAGCAGCAGAAUUUCCACAUCCUGUACGACACCAAGAAGUCGCGGCUCGGGUAUGCACCCAUGCGAUGCGCCGAGGUCUGAACACCCCCGAAAAAAUCCUAGGUUACUUAGGAAGAGGGAAGGGGGAAAGAUGCUGUAAACAUGGGUGGUAUGGGAACCAAAAAUUUUUCAUUCUUAUUGUCACAGCAAAGUGUAAAAAUACUUCGGGAUUAGUUUCAUUCUAUUCCAUUCCAUCCCUUCUCCGGAGCUCCUCCGGAUUUAGCA